AUGAAGCUGGUCCUCGUCCUCCUGCUGGCUGCUCUUCCCCUCCACUGCUAUGCAGGUACUGGCUGCAAACUUUUUAAAAAAGCAGUUGACUGGACAAUUAAUUCUCAAGUGUCAAAGGAAGAGUACAUAGUUAACCUUCAACCAUUCAUAUCAAGUGACGCUGAGGCUGCAGCCAUGCAGAAUUUCAAACAGUGCUAUCUCAAGCAGCCACAAGAGGUUCUGGAUCGUGUCAACCACACAAUG